UCAUCGCCUCAGUGCCGCGCAGCAUCCCAGCCUUAGUCAAUCAACAGAGCGAUUCUGCCUUGUGGAUUGUGGAGCACGCAACGCCCCGGAUCCAUUGCCCCCCCUUCCCCGGUCCCUUUGGCGAACCACCCCGUACCAGGCCCCACAGCACAUCUGGCGUACACCCGCCCCGGGUAAUCAUCUGCCUGGGGUACGUCCUGCCCGGCUGCUGGGGACAAGAGAGGCUCUCAGUUCAGCGGAACCAACAGAAAUAGGCAGUGGAGGCAAGAGCAGAGGCUGGACUGAGAGCCGCCUCACAGAAUAACCCACUGCAGUCAGAAUCGUGACACCAGAACGGUUAUAAAACAACCCCCCACCCCCCUGCCCCCUACUGACGGGUCCCUCCCCAGCGUACCUCUAAGUGGGCGGCACCAUGGCAGGCGCCUCGGUGAAGGUUGCGGUGCGGGUCCGCCCUUUCAACUCCCGCGAGAUUGGUAAAGAUAGCAAGUGCAUUAUCCAGAUGACGGGGAACACCACCACGAUCAUCAACCCCAAGCAGCCCAAAGAGAACAAGAGCUUCAACUUUGAUUUCUCCUAUUGGUCACACACCUCACCUGAGGACAUUAACUAUGCAUCCCAGGAGCAGGUGUACAGAGACAUUGGAGAGGAGAUGCUGCUUCACGCCUUUGAGGGCUACAACGUCUGCAUCUUUGCGUAUGGCCAGACGGGGGCUGGGAAGUCCUACACCAUGAUGGGCAGGCAGGAGAAAGACCAGCAGGGCAUCAUCCCCCUGCUCUGUGAAGACCUCUUCACCAAAAUCAAUGACAGCGGCAAUGACAACAGCAUGUCCUACUCUGUGGAGGUAAGCUACAUGGAGAUCUACUGUGAGCGUGUGCGGGACCUACUGAACCCCAAAAAUAAGGGCAACCUGCGGGUCAGGGAGCACCCUCUGAUGGGGCCCUACGUGGAAGAUCUGUCUAAGCUUGCCGUCACCUCGUACAGCGACAUCCAAGACCUAAUGGACUCUGGAAACAAAGCCAGGACCGUGGCGGCGACGAACAUGAACGAGACCAGCAGUCGUUCCCACGCCGUGUUCAACAUCAUCUUCACCCAGAAGAGGCAGGACGCGGAGACUGACAACACAUCUGAAAAGGUCAGCAAAAUCAGUCUAGUGGACCUGGCUGGAAGUGAGAGAGCAGAUUCCACAGGGGCCAAGGGCACCAGACUGAAGGAAGGAGCAAAUAUCAACAAAUCCCUAACCACCCUGGGGAAAGUCAUCUCUGCUUUAGCAGAAGUGGAUUCUGGUCCAAAUAAGAACAAAAAGAAAAAGAAGGUGGAAAACUUUAUUCCUUACAGAGACUCUGUGUUAACCUGGCUACUGAGAGAGAAUCUAGGGGGAAACUCCCGCACUGCUAUGGUAGCUGCCCUUAGCCCUGCUGACAUCAACUAUGACGAGACCCUCAGCACACUCAGGUACGCUGACCGGGCCAAGCAGAUCCGCUGCAACGCCGUCAUCAACGAGGACCCCAACAACCGUCUGGUGCGCGAGCUGAAGGAGGAGGUGUCCCGGCUGAAGGACCUCCUCUACGCCCAAGGCCUCGGGGACAUCAUUGAGAAUUUGUCGGAUUACAAGGAUAUUAAAUAUAAUCACCAGGCUGUCAAUCAAAAGGGUGAUCUUUCCACAGUGACCAAUGCCAUGACGGGGAUGAGCCCCUCCCCGUCUCUGUCCGCCCUGUCCAGCCGAGCCGGAUCCAUCAACAGCCUCCAUGACCGCAUCAUGUUCAGUCCGGGCAGUGAGGAGGCCAUUGAGAGGCUGAAGGAAACUGAGAAGAUCAUUGCUGAGCUCAAUGAGACCUGGGAGGAGAAGCUUCGUCGCACAGAGGCCAUUCGGAUGGACAGGGAAGCUCUGCUGGCUGAGAUGGGCGUGGCCAUGCGAGAAGACGGAGGCACCGUGGGGGUCUUUUCACCAAAAAAGACCCCCCACCUGGUGAACCUCAAUGAAGACCCCCUAAUGUCAGAGUGCUUGCUGUACUACAUUAAAGAUGGAAUCACCAGGGUGGGGCGUGAGGACGCUGGCCACCGGCAGGACAUCGUCCUGAGUGGUCACUUCAUCAAGGAUGAGCACUGCACCUUCACCAGUACCAUGGGCCCGCUCAAUGAAGCAGUGGUCACUCUCGAACCCUGUGAGGGGUCGGAGACCUACGUCAACGGGAAGAGGGUGACGGAGCCCACCAUCCUCCGAUCAGGGAACCGCAUCAUCAUGGGGAAGAGCCACGUGUUCCGGUUCAACCACCCAGAGCAGGCCCGGCAAGAGAGGGAGCGGACGCCCUGCGCUGAGACCCCCGUGGAGCCCGUGGACUGGGCCUUCGCCCAGAGGGAGCUGCUGGAGAAGCAGGGCAUCGACAUGAAGCAGGAGAUGGAGCAGAGUACGCAGAGUCAUUUUCUCUGCAGGCUACAGGAGCUUGAAGAUCAAUAUCGCAGAGAGAGAGAAGAGGCCAGCAACCUGCUGGAACAGCAACGACUGGAUUAUGAGAGUAAACUGGAGGCCCUUCAGAAGCAGGUGGAUUCCCGUUUUUACCCAGAAACCACAGAGGAAGAGGAGGAGCCUGAAGAAGAAGUGCAAUGGUCGGAGCAGGAGACAGAGCUGGCGCUGUGGGCGUUCCGCAAGUGGAAGUGCUACCAGUUCACCUCCCUCAGGGACCUGCUGUGGGGCAAUGCCAUCUUCCUGAAGGAGGCUAAUGCCAUAAGCGUGGAGCUGAAGAAGAAGGUUCAGUUCCAGUUCGUCCUGCUGACAGACACACUGUACUCACCUCUGCCCCCUGACCUCCUGCCCCCUGACGCUGCCAAAGAGCGGGAGAAUCGCCCAUUCCCCCGCACCAUCGUGGCUGUGGAGGUUCAGGACCAGAAGAACGGGGCCACUCACUACUGGACUCUGGAGAAGCUCAGGCAGAGGCUGGAGCUGAUGCGCGAGAUGUACGACCGCGCUGCUGAGGUUCCCAGCCACUCCAUCGAGGACUGCGACAACGUCCUGACGGGCGGGGACCCGUUCUACGACCGCUUUCCCUGGUUCCGCCUGGUGGGCAGCACCCCCAUUUUCAACACGUGCAUGAGCGAGCGCAUGACCAAUCUCACCCCCUCCCCCACCUUCUCCGACCCCGACUCUGACAUUACCGAGCUUGCCGACGAGCGGCAUGACGGUCAGGUGGAGGAGGAGGAUGAGUUGGAGGAGUUGGAGGAGUUGGAGGAGUUGGAGGAUGAGGAGGAGGAGGAGUUGGAGGACCUGGACGAUGAGAUCUUUUUGGACGACCCGUGCUCGGAGCUGGGGGGAGAGGAGGGAGAGCGCUGCCCGGGCUCCAGCGAAGGCCAGGACCCCUUUUACGACCGCUCGCCUCUAUUCAGUGUAGUGGGAAGGGCCUUUGUGUAUCUGAGUAACCUGCUCUACCCCGUGCCCCUGGUGCACCGGGUGGCCAUCGUUAGCGAGAAGGGAGAGGUCAAAGGCUUCCUGAGGGUUGCCGUGCAGGCGAUUUCGGCCGACGAGGAGGCCCCUGACUACGGCUCUGGCGUGCGACAGUCGGGAACCGCCAAGAUUUCCUUUGAGGACCAGCAAUUUGAGAAGUUCCAGACAGAGUCCUGUUCGACGGGCAUGUCCCGCUCCGGGACGUCCCAGGAAGAGCUGCGCAUCGUUGAAGGGGAAGGGCAGAAUUCAGACAUGGGACCCUCAGCAGAUGAGGUCAACAAUAACACCUGCACAGCAGACGCUGAGGAAAUCGAGAGCCCUCUGAAGGCCAAUGUAGAAGGGUCACUGGAAGACAGUCUGGAGCACCUGAGGAUCGGGAGCGUCUUCACCUUCAGAGUGACGGUCCUUCAGGCCUCCAGCAUCUCAGCCGAGUAUGCAGACAUCUUCUGCCAGUUCAACUUCAUUCACCGGCAUGACGAAGCCUUCUCCACAGAGCCACUGAAGAACACAGGCCGUGGUCCUCCUCUGGGUUUCUAUCAUGUGCAGAAUAUUGCGGUCGAGGUGACGAAGUCAUUCGUGGAGUACAUCAAGACUCAGCCCAUUGUAUUUGAGGUGUUUGGGCACUACCAGAAACAGCCAUUUCCACCACUCUGUAAAGAUCUCAUAAGCCCACUGCGACCCACUAGAAGACAGUUUCCUAGAAUUAUGCCCUUGUCUAAACCAGUGCCUGCCACCAAACUGAGCACGCUCACCCGCCCCACGGCCGGGCCCUGCCACUGCAAGUAUGACCUCAUGGUGUUCUUCGAGAUCUGCGAGCUGGAAGCCAAUGGAGAUUACAUCCCUGCUGUGGUGGAUCACAGAGGGGGCAUGCCCUGCCACGGCACCUUCCUGCUACACCAGGGCAUUCAGAGGCGGAUCACGGUGACCAUAGUGCACGAGACGGGGAACGACAUCGAGUGGAAGGAGGUCAGAGAGCUGGUCAUAGGCCGCAUUCGCAACACCCCUGAGGCUGACGAGACCAUCAUCGACCCCAACAUCCUGUCUCUCAACAUCCUCUCGGCAGGGUACAUCCGCCCCUCCCAGGACGACAACAUUUCCUUGGGAAUAGACCAUAGGACCUUCUACCGGUUUGAGGCCGCCUGGGACAGCUCCAUGCACAACUCCCUGCAGCUGAACCGUGUCACACCUUGCGGGGAGAAGAUCUACAUCACCCUCUCUGCUUACUUGGAAAUGGAGAGCUGCGCUCAGCCCACCGUCAUCACCAAAGAUUUCUGCAUGGUGUUCCACUCCCGGGAUGCCAAGCUGCCCGCCUCCCGCUCCAUCCGGAACCUCUUCGGCAGCGGCGGGCUGAAGGCGACCGAGGGUAACCGCGUCACCGGCGUGUACGAGGUCAGGCUGUGCCACCUGGCCGACGCCGGCAGCCCAGGCAUGCAGAGGAGGCGCAGGCGGGUCCUGGACACCUCGGUGGCCUACGUCCGCGGGGAGGAGAACCUGGCUGGCUGGAGACCCCGUAGCGACAGCCUCAUUCUGGACCACCAAUGGGAGCUGGAGAAGCUCAGUCUGCUGCAAGAGGUGGAGAAGACCCGGCACUACCUGCUGCUGAGGGAGAAGCUGGAGUCCACCCUACUGAUUGGCCAGGACUCGCUGUCGUCGUGCGGGAGCGAGGACCUGAGCGAAUCCUCCCAGUCCUCCACCGACAGCAGCAGCGUCCUGGGGCCCGGCGCGGCUCUGGAGAGCCCCAACGAGAGGCAGCGGGAGCUGGCUGCCAAGUGUCUGCGACUGCUCACCCACACCUUCAACAGGGAGUACAGCCAGGUGUGUAGCAGUGCCAGUGAGGGCAAGCUGUCUGAGAUGUCAGUGACCCUGCUGAGGGACACCUCCGCUUCCGCCCUGAGCACUCUGACCCCGUCCUCCACCUGCCCCUCGCUCGUGGAAGGCGGCUACGCCAACCCCGAACUCAGAACCCCGGAGCUUCACUCCUGCGCUCUCUCCCCCGAGCUGGACCCCCUUCUGGAGGAGGAGAUGAAGAAAUCCCCCAGCGAAGGUCCGGAGGCCAAGACGAGAGUCCGCGCCUUCGUCCCGGACAUCCAGGAGGUCCGCGUCAGCCCCAUCGUAUCGAAGAAAGGCUACCUGCACUUCCUGGAGCCGCACACCAACGGCUGGGUGAAGCACUACCUGGUGGUACGCCGGCCGUACGUGUACAUUUACAACACUGAGAAGGACAGCAUGGAGAGGGCCAUCAUCAACCUGUCCACUGCCCAGGUGGAGUACAGCGAAGACCAGCAGGCCAUGCUGAAGACUCCCAAUACGUUUGCGGUGUGCACCAAGCAUCGUGGGAUACUGCUCCAAGCGAGUAAUGACAAGGAGAUGCAUGACUGGCUGUAUGCAUUUAAUCCUCUCCUGGCAGGGUCCAUCAGGUCAAAGCUUUCCAGGAGAAGAGCUGGACAGAUGAGGAUGUGAAUCGACCUCUCGUCCUCCUUCCCCAGCAAGUCUUGUUAAAAAAAAAAAUCAUGAUGAAGAAGACUUAAGACUAACCCUGUAUAUAGAUCACUUGACCUAACACGACCCCCUUCCCCUGUGCUGAAACAACCCCCCCUUCCCCAAAAUACCCUUUCGUAACCUGCCUGCUCCUGCACAUGCUCAGUUCGACACGACCGAACCAAGACAUUAAACCAGGCCCAGCAGCCUUUGAUGUGUGUCAGGCAUUGUUACAAAUGGCCAGUCAUCUGAAUUUAAUUCCCCAGGGUACCCAGAUAUCACAUUACUGGAAUGUUCUCAGUCUGGGGAGAGAGGGAUGAGGGGAGGAAUGGUGUCUUUAAUGUAACAGUUCAUAGUUCCCAGAGUAGCUGCUUGUAUAGGCUUCAACAGUGUAUUGGUUUUUCUCUCUUCGUGCUGAAGGGGAAAUGGUGUGAGUCUACAAUGGUGUCAGUUGUCUCCCUCUACAGAGCUGUCCUUCCCUUCACCGCAUACCAUGUUUCACUUUGCGUUUGUUUCUCAAAAAAAAAACCCAUGGUUUUCAAACCACCAAACCACAUCUGUACCUCAGCUUUACUGUAACGGAUCUGUCCUUAAAACAGUGCACUCUAUGAAACAAAUGCGUACUAUUCAGUGCAGCGUAGGGGUGUUUCAACAGACCCAGCCAGAGCAAGCAUCUCGUAUUUCCACACGAACAAGACCGAAUCAUCCUUGAUUGGAUCGUGGAUGAGAGUUGACAGAGCUGUCUCAAAAGCACACUGUCUCAUCGUUUUUUGUAGGACAUUCAAGAUUUUUCGCUUUGUUUUCCCAUGAAGACCAAGACACAAUAGGAAAAUUUUACAGCACAAGACAUAGAGAUAUCCCACAAUCCCUUCCUCUUUUCAUUGAUAAAAAUAGAGUAGUUCAUUUAAAUGCAAGAAAUACCCAAUCAACUAAUUUUAUGGUGAGCAUAAGCUACACCCCCACUGAAUUAUUUGCUUUGCUUGUUUUGAUUAGCAUUUUAAAGAUUGUAUUUGUGUUUUAGUGUUUAAAUAUUUAUUUAGAUAUUUAUUUGGAUACACAUUUAUUUACAAAGACAUUUAUAUUUUUAUUGAACUAUUGAAUUUUCUGCAUAAGGCACUUUUUAUCAUUUGUUGUCCUGGGAUUUUGCUCAUUUAGCUCUUCUUGGUGACCAGAACGCUGCUAAAAAAGGGUCAGAAACAGUGGAUUUAGCUGCUAUGUAGAGUGUUUAUAAACAGAUGCAUUUACUGUUCUUAAUUAAGAAUGUCAUGAUAUUUUACAUGCAAUGCCUCUCCCACUACUCCAAAAAAAUCUAGCUAGCUUUAAACAUCUUACAGUGGGUUAAAUAUACGGGUAAAGCAGGAUAGAGUUCCCAGAAUUAAUAGCAUUUAUUUAUGCUUUCAGUAGUGUAUUUGAUAUCACAGAGUCACCUAUUCUAGAUUUAAGUAAAAAACAAAAACAAAAAAGAAACACAAUAACUCCGACAUAUGACUUGAAGAAAAAUCCUAUAAGCUGCUGAUCAGUGACAAAUUGAUUUCAUUAUAUGGCAAGACAUUGCAAAGCCUCCCUCAUUGCAGAGCAUGAUUGGAAAUAGGAUCUGUGAAGGUUGAGUGUCUGUACUGAUGGAUUUUGGUAGCGUUUCUCCUUUUCUCCGUCGGUCUUUCCUUUGGCUUAGUGACGUCACUCGCUCCAUUCUUCUGCUGCCGUGGUCCCCAUCACCACCUGUGAUCACUUUGCCUCUUACCAUCAUGUGGCACAUAUAGCCCACCUUCCAUAUGUUAAAAAGUAUACGUCGUCUUUUUGUUGUAAAUGAAGUGUACAUGUUAUGAACUCAAUGUGCCUCUAUGAGUUGUCAUAGAAUGCCACUUUAUAAGCGUAUCUUAAAGUGGCUAAUAUCGAUAAAAGAUUUAUACAGACGCAUACCGGCUUUGCACUUGAGACAUAUUGGCCCACGUACUGUAUGCAUGCAUCCAGGUUUAGCUCUGGUGAACAAAAAUUGGGGCGAGACUCCAGUCCCUAUGGUUCUAUGUUUGGCUCCUUAAGCGAAGCUUGCGGAAGGUCUUUGCUUUUAUCAAAGUUCACCUUUUCUAGGUCAGCUCUUGAUCAGCGAUGUGAUUUUGUGUGGCCUUUUUCUUUCGCCUUGCCAUCCUGUGUAAGUGGCUCAAAACAUCCAAUCCUCUCGGAGUAGAAUUCAACAUGGCCCCUGGCUGGUGUGAACCAGUUGCUCUCAGAGAUUUUUAAAUGAACGGAAUGGAGAGGGGGAGGACACAGUAUUUCUCUUCUUGCCUCAGAGCUUGAAGAGAUUCUGUAUUUAUUUGAGUUGCAUGCAAAACAGGUAAAAACUUAUGUUUUCUUCACUCUUGCAUGAAGUGAUUGUACAGCAAUCAACUAAACAUACCUCAUUUUCUAUUUUUUAUUCACCUGAUAAACAGCCUAAUCAUAGAACUUUAUGGAAUAUCACGUUUUUGUCUUUGUCACCCUCGUGACCAUGGAGAUAUUUCAGAACAGACAAUGGUUUAUGAUAGAGAAUGCAAAAUGGAGUGUGCUUGAAAUAUGAAAUUCUUCGAACUGCUUGGUGAUAGAGUGCAUCUACAAAGAAAAGAAUGGAGUCCUUCAGUUGUUGGAUGCAAUAUUUGAUCUUGUCAUCCAGUUUUGUUGUUUGAUUAAGAGAACUCUGAAUGCAGUCCACAAAGAACAUUUUCCAGGCAGUUUUUAAAGAGGUCAUCAUCCCUGAAAAUGUGUAGUUGCCAGAUUUUGCAUGUGUUACCUUUCUCAAGAGCUGCAGUUGUAAGAACAGGCACUGUUACAUGGACAUGUCCUUAGCUAGGCAGCUAAUGGAGCAUGUCCUGUUCUAGGGUGUUUGCAGAGGAAUUAUUUGGUUGAAUCUCCAGGCUAUUUCUGAUAGCACUGGGUAUUGAAGUGUGCCUAAGGCCAGCCAACCUAUAGAGCAUGCUUAGUUUGACAGACACGGUGCACUCUGGGAAAUAUAGGUCAACGCGAUUGAUAAGAGAAAGGCCAAUAAAAGAUUUCUGUUGGACGUCAAACCACUCAAACAUAAUGGAUUACUUGACAUGCUGUGAUAUUUCAUAAUAGAAGCAUUGCCAUUUUUGAGAAAUUUGGUGGUUAUGGGUUUUUUGCCGGAAGAAAGAUAGUAAGAUUAUUGGCUGUAGUUGGUCUACAACAGAUACUUGACAUAGCAUGUGUCUAUUUUUCCUUAUCUCGUGUUAAUAUUGCAGGGUGUAAUUUUGCACAAGUUGUAAUAUCUGAGAAAUAGGCCAUGGUUUAAUUUUUUUUUUAAACUGAAGAACAAAAAUUGUAACCGUUUAGGCACAUGCUGCAUCUAAAACCUUUGGCAGGUUAGUAGACUUGAAGUUGAUUUGUUCUGUUCUGUCUUUGUUGAGUUCAGUCUUUUUACCGUGGAGCUUUUAAAAUGUUUGGAUUAAUGCUACCUAAGCCUAGAAUUCAACAGACCAUUAUCAAUUUUGUUUUUAAUAAUGUGCAAACAAAAGCAUGCUGAUGAUAUCAAGUUAUCGAUAUCGAUAUUUUUUCCAAUAUACAUAACAUUUAAUUCAUCUCCCACUAUGAAUGUGAACAAACUUACAAGGUGAUGAAAUUUAAGUAUAGAUUUACAGUUGGUUGUUCGAUGGCCCUGACUUCUUGAGCAAAAGCGAUGGGUGUCAGAUAUACUAAGAGAAGCAGCGUUCUUUGAUAUGACCUACUCUACAAUAUAGGCUGGCUACAUUUUGAUUGGACAUAUUGCUAAAGUUCUGCUUUUCCCUGGCAGUUUACAGAAUUUCAGUCGGGUGUAUUUUUUUUUUUUACCCAUUUGUGCUUUGGACUCAGAUUCCAGUGUAGUGGGGACUGCAUUAAAUACAUGUACAAUGUUGACACAUAGCUUUGCAUGUGCUGCCAUACAUUGGCUUUGAGGUGUGAUCAGUUUUGUCAGCUCACCAAAAAAAAGGAAAAAAAGGAAUAGGGUUGCUUCAUCGACCACGACAUUGGCCAUGCGUUCUAUGCAACAGAUUUUCACGUCUUUUGCUGCAAGUGUACUUUUAGAAUAUACUAUUGUAUGUUGACCUACAUUUCCAGUAACAGUUAGCCCAACCAAAUGUGAGGGGGCUAAGAGAACAGGGUUUGUGGGCUGGGAGAGGUAUUCAGAUUUAUUUUAUUUCAUUUUUUCGUAGAAAGUACUGUUCUGAGGUGUUAGCCAGCCUCGAACAUGACAUCCUGAAACGCAUUGGGCACAUGUAUGUAGACAUUGCUCCCAAUCUACAAUUUCCUAAACUGGAACACCUGCUAUAGCUACCAGCAUGCCCUUGUAGCUGUCAACGAAGCUCCCCUUUAAUAAAACGUUUUCUUUUUAUAUUUCUGUGCUUCUCUGUCGAAACAGCAGCCCAAGGGUUCCUCUCUCUCUCUCUCAGCUCUGUAAACUAAAUGUGUCAUGUUUCGAGCUUUCCUUCUUCAUCUAUUUUUUGCUCUGUAUAUAAACAUGAUUGCUGUGGACGGUGUAUUAUACAGCUGUAUCCCAUUUGUACCAUCCUGAAUGGGCAGUAGUUUAAUCAAUGUCUCAAACUAUUUGAGUGUUGGAGUUCAGAGUCUUCAGAUGUUUGUGUACACUUAACACGUUGUCGGAUAUUAAAUAAACGUGAAUCUUAUGCAACACUGCAA